AUGUCAGACUACGCUGAUUCUGACUCCGACUUCAGUGAAGGGUCGGCAGACUUCCAGCCUUCGCCCCCUGCGAAGAAAGCAAAGUCGCCUGCCUCGCAGUCCACCUCCAUCCCCAGCAAAUCACCUACCCCCAUCCCCAAGAACGGCAAUGCCUCCGACCAGUACCAGAAGCUCUCUCAAUUGGAACACAUCCUCAAGAGACCAGACACCUACAUCGGGUCGGUGGAAAAAACUGGGAUCGAGAUGUGGUGCUACGACGCUGCCAGCGAAUCCAUGGUCUACAAAGAGGUCAACAUCGUGCCUGGGUUGUACAAGAUCUUCGACGAGAUCUUGGUCAAUGCUGCCGAUAACAAGAUCCGGGACCCUUCCAUGAAGAACAUCAGGGUCAAGAUUGACCCCGAAAACAACACUAUUCUGGUGAUGAACGACGGUAAGGGUAUUCCGGUGGAAAUCCAUGAUAAGGAAAAGAUAUACAUCCCCGAGUUGAUUUUUGGCAACUUGUUGACCUCCUCCAACUACGACGAUGACGAGAAAAAGGUCACUGGUGGUAGAAACGGUUAUGGUGCCAAGUUGUGUAACAUUUUCUCCACUCAAUUCGAGUUGGAAACCGCCGAUUUGAACACUGAGCUCACCUACAAACAGACCUGGACCCAAAACAUGUCUAAGGUGACCAAACCUAAGAUCACAAAGAUGAAAUCCAAAAAAGAGUACACUAAGGUCACUUUCAAUCCAGACUUGAGCAAAUUUGGCAUGGAAUCGCUAGAUGAGGAGAUUUUGUCAGUUUUGAGAAGAAGAGUCUACGAUAUGUGUGGUACCGUUAAAGAUUGCAACAUCUACUUGAACGAUAAGAAGUUGGCUAUUCGUAAUUUCAAGGGCUAUGUGGAAAUGUAUGUCAAUGCAAUCAAAGCAAGAAAUCCUGACGACUUGCCUCAGGGCGGGGAAAUCAAAAACUACACCACUAUCGUUCAUGAAGUGUUCAAUGACAGAUGGGAGCUUGCAUUUGCCGUGAGUGAUGGAAGUUUUAACCAAGUAAGUUUUGUGAACUCAAUUGCCACAACUUCAGGUGGUACCCAUGUUAAGAAUACCGUGGAUCAAAUCGUCACCAAGUUGGUAGACACCUUGUCUAAAAAAGAGAAAGGCAAAAAAAAGUUAAUGAUUAAGCCUCAAGAGGUCCGUAAUAAUAUGUUCCUUUUCCUUAACUGUUUAGUUGAAAAUCCUGCCUUCACUUCCCAAACUAAGGAACAAUUGACUACUAAAGUAAGUCAGUUUGGUGGUAAAGCUAGUGAAAAAUUGGUUAUUAGUGACCAGUUUAUCAACAAGAUUUUGAAAACUAGUAUCGUCGACAAGAUAAGGGCUAUCUCCAAUGCGAAUGAAGACAAGGCUCUACAAAAGGCAGAUGGUACCAGAAAACUGAGAAUUAAGAACCAAGUAAAAUUGGUUGAUGCUAAUAGAGCUGGUACAAAAGACGGAUAUAAGGCUACCCUUAUCUUGACUGAAGGUGACUCUGCGCAGGCUUUUGCGGUCAAUGGUUUGACAGUGGUGGGUAGAGAUUACUACGGUUGUUUUCCUUUGAGAGGUAAAUUACUAAAUGUCCGUGAAGCGUCUGCUGACCAAAUCGCAAAGAAUUCCGAGAUCAAAGCAUUAAAGGAAAUUAUUGGUUUGCAGCAUAAGAAAAGUUACAGUGCUGAGAACAUCAAAACGUUAAGAUAUGGUCACAUUAUGAUAAUGACAGAUCAAGAUCAUGAUGGAUCCCAUAUCAAAGGUUUGUUGAUCAAUUUUUUUGAAACAAGUUUUCCUGGUCUUUUGAACAUUCCGGGAUUUUUACUCGAAUUCGUAACUCCUAUUGUCAAAGUGACCAUCAAAAAGAGAGGUGGUGGGAAGGAGGUUAUUCCAUUCUACUCGAUGCCUGAGUUCGAAAGGUGGCGUGAAAAUGAGGGAACACAAUGUCGUUGGACCCAGAAGUACUACAAGGGUUUGGGUACAUCGUUGGAAACAGAAACAAGAGAAUAUUUUGCUGACUUGGAUAAACAUUUGAAAACAUUUCACGCUUUGCAGGAAGAUGAUAAGCAGUAUAUUGAUUUAGCUUUCUCUAAGAAGAAGGCUGAUGAAAGAAAGGAAUGGUUGCAAGGAUUUGUUCCUGGGACCCAUUUGGAACAUGAUAUAACUGAGAUUCCAAUCAGUGAUUUUAUCAACAAGGAAUUAAUUUUAUUCUCAAUGGCUGAUAAUGUUAGAUCUAUCCCUUCAAUGUUAGAUGGUUUCAAACCAGGGCAGCGUAAAAUUCUUUUUGGUUGCUUCAAGAGAAAUUUGAGAACUGAAAUUAAAGUUUCACAGUUGGCUGGUUACGUCUCUGAGAAAACUGAAUACCACCAUGGUGAAGCUUCAUUGAUUCAAACAAUUAUUGGUUUGGCACAAAAUUUCAUUGGUUCCAACAACUUGAAUUUAUUGAAGCCAAAUGGUGCAUUUGGUAGUAGAGCUGCUGGUGGUAAAGAUUUCUCGGCUGCGAGAUAUAUUUUCACAGAAAUUAAUGAAAUAACCAGAAAGAUCUUCAACCCUCUCGACAACCCUUUGUACACUUAUGUGCAAGAAGAUGAACUGACGGUUGAGCCUCAGUGGUAUUUGCCCAUUAUUCCUAUGGUUUUGGUAAAUGGAGCAGAAGGUAUUGGUACCGGUUGGUCUACAAACAUUCCACAAUUCAAUCCAGUUGACUUGGUCGAUAAUAUUAGAAGACUCAUGAAUGGUGAACAACCUCAAGAAAUGAUCCCAUGGUACAAAGGUUGGGAAGGUUUUAUUGAGAAGAAUGGAUCUGAACGGUUUAAAGUUAUGGGUAAGAUUGAGCAGGUUGAUGAAACUACUCUUGAGAUCACCGAGAUCCCUGUAAAGACUUGGACCAAUAAUGUGAAAGAAUUCUUAUUGGCCGGGUUAGGUAACGAAAAGACAACAGCUUGGAUCAAAGACAUGGAGGAGCAUCAUGGAAUUAACAUUAAAUUCGUUAUCAAGUUAACGAGUGAGGAAAUGGCUAAAUCGUUGAAGGUGGGCUUGUUGGAAAGGUUCAAGUUAAUCUCCUCGAUUAAUUUGAGUAACAUGGUUGCCUUUGAUCCCUUGGGAAGAAUCAAGAAGUAUGAUUCACCUCUCGGUAUAUUAAGGGACUUCUACUUUGUCAGAUUAGAGUACUACCAAAAGCGUAAAGAUUUCAUGACUGAAGACUUACAAAAUCAAUUAACUAAAUUGAGUGAGCAAGCUAGAUUUAUCAAGUUGAUCAUCGAUAAGAGAUUGUCAGUGUCAAACAAGAAGAGACUUGAGUUGGCAAAAACCUUACAAGAUCAUGGAUUUGUAAUGUUUGGGAAGGAUAGUAAGCCUAUCAAAAUGGAAAUCAGCUCCAAAUUGUUCGUAGAGGCCGAUCAGGAAUUGGAGGAGGAGGAAGAAGAAAUCGGGGAUAUUAGUCAAUUGAAUGCUGCUGGAUUACCAGGUACUGAUGAUGACAAUCAAAAUGAACAUAAACCAGAAAACAUUUACUCAUACUAUGAUUACUUGUUAGGAAUGGCUAUUUGGUCAUUGACUAAAGAAAGAUACGAAAAAUUGUUGAAGCAGAAGGAUGAAAAGGAGGAAGAACUCAACAUCUUGUUAAGAAAAUCGGCAAAGGACUUAUGGAAUGAAGAUCUAGACGAUUUUCUUGUUGAGUGGGAACGUUUCUUAGAAAGGGAUUAUCAGGACAGAGCCAACUUGGCAAGUGGCCCCGGAUCUAAAACCAAGGGUAAGCUGAAGAGGGCGCCAAAGAGAAAAGAAAUUAAGAAAGAGGACGAUGAUGAAGAAUAUGGCCCAACAAAGAAAAAACCAGCGGUUGCAAAACCCAAGGCUAAAGUCGAAAAGAAGCCUGAUGUCUUGUCGUUUUUUUCGAGCACCCCAACUACGAAGACGAAGACUGCCAAGGCUGCCUCAAAGCCUACGAAGGAAAUUAUUUCCUUGUUUGACAGCGAUGAAGACGACGAUAUUCUUAUGAAUAAUUCUAGCAACUCGUCCUCCUUCACUAGCGGAACCCCAGCUCCUGCGGCCCCGCCCGCUAAGGCCAAGGCUAAUGUGCAGUUGGACGACGAGCUCGCGGAUUUAGAGGUGCAGGCCAAGGAGUUCCAGGUUCCCGCCACGGGAAGACGGAGAGCGGCCCCCAAGGUGUCGUAUAAGGUGGACGAGCUUGACGACGACGACGACGUGGACGACGACGUGGACAUGGAGUCUGCCACUGAAGAAAGCGACGACGACGUAUAUGAGGAUGACUAA